CAUUUAUCAACACCACCCGCUCCCUCCUACCUCUCUAGCCUCCUAACCAAGAAAGAAUCUCGUCUUUAACCCUUCAUCUCUGGAAAUGGCCGCCACAGCCACGCUCUCUAGUGCCAUGUUUAGCACCUCCUUCACCCGCCAGCAGCCUGCCACUAGCCUACGGGCUCUUCCCAACGUUGGACAGGCUCUUUUCGGCUUGAAAUCCAGCCGUGGAGGACGAUUUAAAGCAAUGGCAACGUACAAAGUUAAGGCCAUCACUCCAGAGGGUGAAGUGGAAAUAGAGUGCCCAGAUGAUGUUUAUAUUCUUGACGCAUUUGAAGAAGCUGGUAUUGAUCUGCCAUACUCAUGCAGGGCAGGUUCUUGCUCUUCCUGUGCAGGGAAAAUUGUAGGAGGAACUCUAGACCAGUCUGAUGGGAGCUUCCUUGAAGAUGACCAGAUGGAAGCUGGCUGGGUUCUCACUUGUGUUGCUUACCCUCAGUCUGAUUGUGUCAUUGAGACACACAAGGAAGAAGAGCUUACUGCUUAAUUCAAAUUAACCAAAGUCUUCCAUUCUUUCUUUAUUUCUUCCUUGUUCGUUUUCUAAGUAUGUUGCUUUGUGGGUUGGCUUUAGUUUGUUGUUCAGCACAAGAUUGUUAUGUUUCUUUUUGAAGUUCGCAAUGAAAAGGGGAACUCUUUUGGCUUA